UCCCCAUCACGCAUAUUACUUGCGAGUUCUUUCAGCUUAAAUUCCUUCUGUUCAUUUUGAAUUUUAUACAUAUUCCAAAUGGCACAGAAGGUAGUGCUGAAGAUCAUGACCAUGAAUGAUGAAAAAACAAAGCAGAAAGCCAUAAAAGCUGUUGCUGACAUUUAUGGAGUAGAUUCAAUUGAAGCUGAUACAAAGGAGCAGAAGCUGACCAUUAUAGGGGAAAUGGAUACAAUUGCCAUAGCAAAGAAACUGAAGAAAAUAGGAAAGAUGGACAUUGUAUCAGUUGGCCCAGCUAAAGAAGACAAAAAAGAUGAAAAGAAAGAAGAGUUUACCCUUUGA